CUUGUGAGCUAGCUAGUCCCAACUCCCAAGAGAUUAAGAUGGGGAGGCGUGGGAAGCUGGAGGUGAAGAGGAUCGUCGACGACGCUUCGCGGCGGGUGACCUUCUGCAAGCGGCGCGGCACCCUGCUGAAGAAGGCGCGUGAGCUAGCCGUGCUCUGCGACGACGACGUCAGCCUUGGCCUCGUCGUCUUUUCCAGUACCGGCAAGCUCGCCGGCGACUACUGCAGUCCGAAUACAAGCUGGAGUGAUCUCAUUCAGCGCUACGAGCGCGAGAGCACUCCCAGCACCCAGCUCCAGGUCCAGGACACAAACCAAGAUGGUGAUCAUCAUCAGCAACUGUUGGCGGAGGUGGCAAGGUUGAGGCAAGAGAUCGACCAUCUCGAGGGCAGCCUGAGGAGGCAGACCGGAGAAGAAGACCUGUUGUCAUCCGGCGUUACCGCGGCGGAGCUCCACGAUCUGCAGCACCACGUCGGGUCGGCACUGGGAAAAGUCCGUCAUAGAAAGGUGCACCUCCUGGAAGAAGAGAUGCUACUGGCCACGGCGGCGUUCCUGGAGGUGGAGGUGGACAUGGACAUGGAGGCGUCGACGUCACUGCAGCCGACGUUGCCAUAGCUCCACGGCCCAGACGUGCGCUGCUUCGGACUGCAGGACGUACCACGGCAUGCAUGCACGCGCGGCUGUGGUGAUGAAUUGAAGGCCGACUGCCAAUCAACACACUGCUAGAAGUACUACCAUGCAUUAUUGAUACUACUACUAUUAACUCUGGUGAUUAAGGAUAGUAAUUAAAGGUUGCACAC